CGCAUGCGUAACUGUCGUCUAGUCGCUCUGCUCAAAGGCACCGAGGCGGAGAGGGUUUCUCUCCACUCACCUGCAUUCAGCCACGGCGGCUCUCCUGCGCUCAUAGGCCGGGAACAGCUCUGCUGGAUACGUCCGGACGACCGGCUCCGCACCGGCCGUCCUCCCGCAGAUGGUCUUUGUCUGCAGGCAGGGGACCUGGAAACCCGGGCCCGCUGCGGGAGCGGGGAGGAGGCCUCGGAGCUCCCCUGUUCUGAUCCAUAAAAGAGCAGCGACAGCCCGGAUGCAUCUCUACUAGCAGGUCGGCUAGCAUCCAUCCAGAGCGGGGCUCGGGGAGGCAGCGAGCAGGCCGGAUAAAGGGACCGAUUCGUGCUGCUUCGGGUCGAGGUUUCUACUGGAUUUUAUUUGGGCUUUAUUUUUCUGCGGGUUAUUCUUUAAAUCUGGAAAUCGCGGGACUGGAGGCCGGCUAGCUGCGAGCUAGCUGCCCAGGAUUACCAGGGUAACCAGACAGCUGAGGCUCCGCAGUAAAACAGACCGUCUCCCGGUGAUCUCUGACCCGCUGACAGACCUCACCGGAGGCCGGGGCGCAGCGAUGGCUGCCUUAAUCAGAAUCCGGGGGAUUGUGAGCAGGAACAAAAGGCGGUACCAGGAGGACGGCUUCGACCUGGACCUGACCUGUAUCCUUUUUACCUGUGUGUGUGUGCGUGUGUGUGUGUGUGUGCUAAACGUUCCUUCAGAGGCGCCGACAGCUGCCGGCGAGGCGGCCAGUCCUAACAUCUGUGUGUCUGUCCACAGAUGUGCGGAGCGACAUUACGACUCAUCAAAGUUCAACUGCCAAGUCGCUCAGUUCCCGUUCGAGGACCACAACCCGCCCCAGCUGGAGCUGAUAAAGCCGUUCUGCGAGGACCUGGACAAGUGGCUGAGCGAGGACGAGCAGCACGUCGCCGCCAUCCACUGCAAGGCGGGAAAGGGCCGCACCGGCGUGAUGAUCUGCGCCUACCUGCUGCACCGGGGCAAGUUCCAGGAAGCUCAGGAGGCCCUCGACUUCUACGGGGAGGUCCGCACCCACGACAAGAAGGGUGUGACCAUCCCGAGCCAGCGGCGCUACGUUGUCUACUACAACUUCCUGCUGAAGAACCAGCUGCAGUACAAACCGGUGGCUCUGCUCUUCCACAAGAUGCUGUUUGAAACCAUCCCCAUGUUCACCGGAGGCACCUGCAACCCCCAGUUUGUCGUGUACCAGCUCAAGGUGAAGAUCCACACCUCUAACCCCGCCCACACCCGCAGGGAAGACAAACUGAUGCUGUUUGAGUUCCCGCAGCCACUUCCUGUCUGUGGAGACAUCAAGGUGGAGUUCUUCCACAAGCAGAACAAGGUGCUGAAGAAGGAGAAGAUGUUCCAUUUCUGGAUCAACACCUUCUUCAUCCCGGGUCCGGAGGAAGUCCCGGAGAGGAUGGAGAACGGCAGCGCGGGGACACCCAGAGAGCUGUUUGACAGGACGCCGCAGACCCCGAUGACGCCGGGAAGCGAAACCAACGACAGAGACUACCUGGUCCUCACGCUGACCAAGAACGACCUGGACAAGGCCAACAAGGACAAGGCCAACAGGAACUUCUCCCCGAACUUCAAGGUGAAACUGUUCUUCACCAAGACGGUAGAAGAAGGAGCCAACUGUGACACGAGCAGCACGUCCUCGAUGACGCCAGACGCCAGCGACAACGAACCGGAUCACUACCGCUACUCGGACACGACGGACUCGGACCCUGAGAACGAGGGGUUUGAAGACGAAGACCACAAUCAGAUCACAAAAGUCUGACACACACGCACUCUCUAAUACGCAAACAUAUACGUGUAUAUAUCUCCAGUAUGUAUGUGUGUAUACGUGACCCCGGACGAAGACGAGCGGCGGUUAGCUGACGGGGAGCAGCGCCGGCGGACCGCGGCUGAUCAGCGGGACUCAAAGAGCUCUGAUCAGAAAACUUUCCCCCCCCCCAAACUUCUACACAGCUGGACAAUCACAUGACAUGGAUUUGUAAGCAUGUGGGCGGGGCCAGGCGAGUGGACAGUGUGACGCAGGAAAUCACAGUUUAAAGGAGUAAAACUUGAAUCUAGACAAACGGAAAGACGAGUAGACUUCUUUAGUGAGCACGCCGCGGCGUCUGGGACGAAGCCCCUCCCAGCUUUCAGUGUCGUGCUGAGCGGGCUGGACUCUUCAUCUCUGCUCUUCAGGCUUUCUCAGUGUUGAUGCUUCUCUCUGUGCUGAGAACUCAAAUCCAGGUCGCGCGUGGACCCACGUGGAGCUUUGAAGGCCAGUUCCUGUGCUUCACCUGAACCUGAGACUAAUUUACUGACUCAAAAUGUGAAACCACGAUGAUGACGAUGGCCAUGUCAUGAACCUGGCGAAAUAUCAGCCGGUGAGGCGAAUCUGUUCUUGUAAAAAGAGAUGCUGAUUUAAAAAGGUCGAACCCCCGGGUCACCGUGACCGCAUUUAUUUAUCCUCCCGAAUACUUCCAACACCUUCAACUGGAAACUCCUGCUCCAGUUUGCAGCAGCCUGUUUAAUCCAGUCUAAACUGGGUUGGGCUGAACGUUCUCCCCGAGCCUUGUUCGGUCCCGUCGCUGAUCUGGACCCAGUUUGGGACAAAGCACAAAGAGAAGCGACAACCUGCUGUUGAAUGUCAAGAUGAGAAACGUUAUUAUUCACAAUCCUCUGCAGCUCCGUCAAUCAUCUGCUGAAGGACGCUCUGAGUGCGACCCGAGCGUGAACACGUGCUUCACCGCUUCUCUGUCCUCAGCUUUGCACAGAAGGACUCUGUUCAGUCUUUCAAUCAGCUCCUACACUUCCUUGUUUUUGUUGUACUCUGAAAUAUAUCAAUCAUUAAGCUAAACGACAAAUGAGCUACUGCACAGUAUAACCAUUCCUGCAGCGAUCUGCUUUUAAGCUACACACCUAUAUAGGCUAGCCCCCCAGCACAGACUGAGGCAGAAAUCUUUGACUCCAGAGCGCUGGCUGUCGGUGUCUGGCGUGCACUUUAUGAAGGACACUCGAGUGAAUCUCGACGGCCUUGUAAAUAUUUCCAGGCGAGCUCCGUCUGUGCAGGAGCUCUGAUUCGGCUCGUGUUGCGCUGUAGUCCUCGUAAAGCUGCCGUUUGCGAGCUUUGGCUUCCUGCAGCCGGAGUCCGCAGCAUGGGAGUGCCAUCGUUACAAUGUCAUGGAUUUAUUUUCAGUAAAACUACUUUAAGCUAAAGAUCUGCCAGGUCCAUUCGGAGCAUCUUUUGAAUGGACACUGGGACUUCGUCGGGGUCAUGAGGAUUUUGGGAUCGCCGCCCAAAAAAAGGCGAAACGCUGUGCUGACCGAGCGGCUCCAUCACGAUGGUCAGCCUCUGUGUGUCUCUGGUUUCUGAUCUUUCAGAACGCUCUAGAAUUAUUACUCUGUCCAUAGACUAUUAAUCGUUUUUACUCACUACUACUUCUUGGAGAUGUUUAAGCACUUAUAUUCUUGCAAAUUGUACCUUUAACACCAGGGACGAUGGCUGGAGAGUCACGUGGCAUCGCAGCAGGUUUGAGACUUGUUUCAAAUUGACAGAAUGAGUGUUGGAGAUAUUUCAGCUACUGGAGGUUUGGCUUUGCCACGCAACACUUGUAAAGUGAAAGCGGGCUCUUGGACGACUGUUUUGACCAUUAAGCUUCUUCUUGCACAUCCACCGUUCUGCAUAAAGAUAUUACAUGUACAGUAUAGUAAGGCCUAAUGCAGUGACCAUAAACACCGUAUAAAAGUGUCCGAUGGUCCGGAGCAUCUACAGGGUCAUCUGCGUCCUGGUCGGGCACAGGUAGACGUUUUAGUCCUGACGCUUGAUUUCCGUCCUCGCAUUUGGUGCUAAACGCUAUCGUGGACCCCGCUAUGACUGAUUCAUCGUAGGUGUGGUAUCUGGGUCUCUGUUGUUGAACCUGUUGGUCUUGGCAGGUCUGGUCACACAGGAUGCACCGUGAGGAUCUAAAACACAAACUCCAGAGUUGUAGUGCCGAUGCCUUCAGUAAAAAACUCCCAUCUUGAUCUCCAGAUGUGUUUAAAGUCAAAGAGCUGGUGACCUGUAAUGAAGGCAGAGGCGUCAGUAAUGAUAUCAAUCAUGUUCAGUUGCAAUCAGGAUAAAUAAGAUGCUGAACCUUGAGCUUGACCCCAAAAGGAGAAGAUCUGAAGAUGUGUUUGACCCUCAGAUCUGUGGGAGCUCGUCCGUUCUUGCCAUCCAAGGUUGAACAUGUUUGCAGAGGUCUCGAUGAUGAUGCUGAAGCAACUGCCAACUGCUCCUUUGUGCUCUCUCUUACGACCGAUCUAACGCCUCCUCAGCAGUGCCGAGGGUUUUUAGGUUCGAUUGACAUUUAGCCAAACAAACGGCGUCCUGUGUGAGCACGUCUAACGCCGUGGCCUGGUGCUACUGACAGCCGGUGCAUGCAGCUUGUUGAGCGAGCCCAGGACUGGUCGUCCAUCUGUGGUGCUCUCUACCAGCAGCGUGUUCGUCCACUCCUGAUCUCUACUGCCCAGCAGCUGCGUCGUCAGCGUGGCCAUACAGCCACUGGGAUUUUUACAGCAGCAUUUCCUGUCUCGAGUCCCGUUAGGUGCUAUCAGACCUGGCCUCGCGUCCUGUCACUGACCCGUUCAGCAGUGACCAGGGUGUAGACCUGUACCAGAGUCCAUUCAGGUGGAUUUGUUCUUAAAACCCAGUUUUACUGAAGCGCGGUCGCUCGAUGAGGUGGCAGGUCGUGGUCGAGUCCAGAACGAUGGGUAGAAGCUGCGCUUUGACUCUUUGUGGUUCUCCAAAUGAUUUUCCAAAGGGAAGCUUGCAGAGAUCCAGCGAUGGGUCCGAAUGUGGACGACUGAGUGCUGUAGUGUUUCAUGUUGGUGAUGUUCUCCACUGCUGAGCAGGUUCAGGUGUUUGAGGCCAGGCAGGUGCUGUCCACGUCUCUGACUGUUCAAGGUGCUCAGUGUCUUUUCAUUGUUGGUUGUAUACAAACCUCCGUUCAGCUCUUCACCUCGCCUGGAGUUUCAUAGAAAGUGGUCACCUGUUAACAGAGCUGGGGUCAAACUCCUCCCUGAUUCUGACAUCAUCAGGGAUUCUGCGGCAACUCUGUGCGAAGGAACCUCGAACUUUGCCUUUUAAAGCACCGCGCCUGCCUCUUUCCCACUGAUGUGGUGCUGAAACAGCGGCCCCACCAGAGCGCCUGCUGCUCCUGAAGCUAGGACCCGUGACGUCAAACGCUACGGGAGGGCCUACCGCGAGAAAUUCAUCCAGUGAUUGGCAGACUCUGGGUGGGGUGCUUUUCGCGCAGAUAUUAGCCCAACAUCUGCUAACGAUUCUCAGAUCUGUGCGCUGGUUCUGGCACCAGUGGAAAAGCGGUCAUCGUGACAAGCGCCGGUACUUCCUGCUCCUUCAGACGUCCUGUUUCUGUCCCCGACCACACAGCGCUUCAGCUCUGCUGUUUGCGUCUCUUCACCAAACCUGCCAAGAUGAAGCUCGGACGCCUUUGUGUUUCUAAUUGUUGAGUUUGGGUCCGUUUGUAAUCACAGUCUGUGCUCACACUGUUUGUUUUUCGCCGUAAGGUUAAGGCGUCACCGUUUCUCUGUGCAACAGUCUGUAGAUAGAUGCUCUAUUGAUCCUACAAGGGAACUGGGACCCAUCAAAACAUGUGACAGAGUCUGCUCGUGUGAUCCUCACGGAUUCACAAACCAGUGUCAGUGUUUCAGCCUCCUUUCAUUCAAGUAAAUCAGAUGGAUUCGUCAUAUGACCUUCAGUAGUUUCAGACGUUUCCUCGGAGUUGUGUACCCAAACCAUGUCUGUUGGUCCAGUCAGAGAAAGAGCAACAGAAACUCGUCCAGAUCAGGCUGUUUAGCCAUCUGUUCUGCUUUUGUCUCAUUACUGAGCUGAUGUCAGCUGUUCCCCAGAUCUGAGUCCUGAACAUAAAACAACACAUCAUUGGCGUAGAGUAUCUCCUCUCCUGUUCAAACGUUAACCUGCAGAGCCCCGGGUGCUGCCCCUCAGCAGGCUUCCAGAAGACAGCGAGCGUGAUUUCAGGGAGACGUUUGUUCCCAACAGGAGAUGCUGGCCAGGCUUUAUUGGGCCGAGCUUUGACUGGUCAGUCCACGGGCUGUGGUGAAAUACGUUUUAACUGAGGUUUAAUAAAUAAAUCAAUGUGGGCCCGUGUCUUCCUGGCGUCCUGUUAACACUCGAUGGCUGUUUCAACACAUCCAGAAUUAUUUGCUGUCACUAACGGGCAGCUCGCUCUUUGCCUUUAAAUCUAUAUUUCACAGAUGUGUGGUGUCAUCACUAAGCCCCGCCUCCUGCUGUUGGGUAUCUCGGUAACAAAAUAAACACGAGCACCUUAAAUCCGUUAAAGCUGGCGACGUGUCUUGGCGCAUUCGACCAGUGAAAACUAAAAGGAACGCGGGACGCUACGCAGCUGCUCGGCUUGUUUUCACGGCGACAACAACAGUCAUUAGCAUUAGCUUAAACGAGGUCGCUAGCACAAUGCUAACAAUAGCUUUCCUUCUGCUUUGCUGUUUAAGGACGGCCCCUUUCUGGGGCGGGGUUUGUGGUCUCGAUCAGAUGUGGUUUCGUACCCGACUCCGAGCCUCGUGUCACAUGUCAGCUGCACACAGGUGUUCAUUUUAUUUUCCAAUCAACAAACAAAAAGUGUCACCUGACUACAAACUAUAUCACCAUGGCAACAUGUUAAUCUGACCCCACCUCUUUUAUUCCUCCUCUCCUUGUUUUAUAAAGAAAUAAAAACACUGUAAAGGUGAAUAAACUAUUUAUAAACAGCUGCUCAUUGUUUGAUUUUUGUUGGCUUGGUUUUAGAACUACGACUCCCAUAAUGCUUCAGGUGUCUGCCAGUAUGAAAAAGAGUUUCUCUUAAGGUCCAUUUGCUCUGUUAUCAAGUGCUCCGUGCGCUGCUUUAAGGGAAGAAAAUGGCUUUGGGGCAUUUUGUUGAAUAAACUCUUGGUGAACUCA